AGAGAGAGCACAGUGCUUGUGCGUGUGUGUAAGGAUAGGAGGACCUGAAGCUGAACGCGAGAAACCAACCAAUCCCCUCCUUCCCUCUGCCUCUCUCUCUCUCUCUCUCUCUCUCUCUCUCUCUCUGUUUCUGUCUUUCCAUCUCUGUCUGUCUGGGUCUGUGCGUGUGUCUGCGUCUAAGAAAGCAGUAAUUCUCUUGGGAGGGAGCGAGGGAGAGAGAGAGGGCGGAAUUUGGAGCCUACCCAUUUGAUCGGAACCCUUUUUCCUUGUGCACCAGCUGAGGAGCGCUCGUGCUCAUUCAGUGCGUAUUUCGUCUCUCUCUCUCUCUCUCUCUCUCUCUGGCUGGAGGGUCUGGUGGGUCGUCUUGGUUUUCUUUGGAGAAGAUCGUCGUUCGUCCAUCCGUCCGUACGAUGAAUGGGUACGCUGGGGCCCACGAGGGCUCGGGGUCGGAUUCUUCGCCGGAACGGCGCGACGACUCCGGGGCCGACACGGGCCUCGAAGCGCCCAUGUGGCAGCUGGGAUUGGGGAGAGACGGCGGCGGCGGCGGCGGCGGCGAAUCCGGCCCGGCUUACCCGGAGCGGCCCGGUGUAGCCGAUUGUCUCCACUACCUCAGGACGGGUUAUUGCGGGUACGGCGCGGGGUGUCGCUACAACCAUCCCCGUGAUCGGAGCACGGUCGUAGGAGUGACGAGAGCUGGUGGUGCAGAGUACCCAGAACGAGCAGGCCAGCCGACCCAUCGUCUCGGUUUGCUUGAGAGAAGAUUGUUGUUCGUUCGUCCGCCUGUCCGCAGGAUGAAUGGGUACCCUGGGGCCCAAGAGGGCCCACGGUUGAAUCCUUUGCCGGAAUGGCCCGACGACCCCAGGGCCGAGACGGGCCUCGAAGAGCCCAUGUGGCAGCUGGGAUGGGGGAGAGGUGGCGGUGAAUCUGACCCUGCUUACCCGGAGCGGCCCGACGAAGCCGAUUGUGUCUACUACCUCAGGACCGGUUAUUGCGGGUACGGCGCAAGGUGUCGGUUCAACCAUCCCCGUGAUCGGAGCGCGCUGGGAUUGGGGAGUGGCGGCGGCGGCGGCGGCGGCGGCGGCGAAGGCGAAGGCGAACCUGACCUGGCUUACCCGGAGCGGACUGAGGCUGCCGAUUGUAUCUACUACCUCAGGACGGGUAAUUGCGGGUAUGGCGCGGGGUGUCGCUUCAACCAUCCCCGUGAUCGGAGCACGGUCAUGGGAGCGACAAGAGCUGGUGGAGCAGAGUACCCUGAACGAGCAGGCCAGCCAAACUGCCAGUUCUACAUGAGGACGGGUACGUGCAAGUUCGGUGCGUCCUGUAAGUACCACCAUCCUAGGCAUGGCGCUGGUUCCAGCAGUCCUGCGCCACUAAAUUUGUGUGGUUACCCCUUCCGUCAGGGUGAAAAAGAGUGUUCCUUCUACGUGAAAACCGGACGAUGCAAGUUUGGUGCAACGUGUAAAUUUCAUCAUCCACAACCAGCGGGUGUACAUGUUCAUGCGCCAUCACCACCACUGCAAGUUGCACCACCCCCUAUCCCUGUAGCUCCGCCUUCAUCCUAUCCAGCAAUGCAGUCACCAUCUGUUCCUUCAUCGCAGCAGUAUGGGGUAGUCAUGGCCAGGCCUCCUUUGGUUCCCUCAUAUGUACAAGGCCCUUAUGGUCCUUUACUGGUUUCUCCAAGCAUAUUUCCAAGCUGGAAUCCUUAUCAGGCACCUGUGAGUCCAUUGGCCUCUUCCAGUCCUCAAGCUGGUUCGGGAUCAAGUUCUGUUUAUGGGGUAACGCAAUUGUCUCCCUCUGCACCGGCUUUUCCGUGGCCUUAUCAACCUUCGCCUUCAUCUCUUGGCCCUUCAGUCAAUGGCCGGAGGGAGCAAUCAUUUCCAGUAAGACCCGGGCAACCUGAAUGCCAGCAUUACCUGAAAACAGGGGACUGUAGAUAUGGAUCCUCAUGUAAAUACCAUCAUCCACCAGACUGGAAUGCAUUGAAUGUAAAUAUUGUUCUUAGCCCCACUGGUCUGCCAAUUCAGCCGGGUGCACCUCCUUGCAUGCACUUCGCACGUGGAGAAUGCAAAUUUGGUCCUGCAUGCAAAUACGAUCACUCGUUUGGGCCCCCAAGCUACAGUCCAUCGGUGUCUUCUCUUGGAGACCCCUUCCCUGCUGGGUUUCCCUUCGGAAUGCUCUUUCCAUCAUAUUCAUCUCCAGAGUUGAGGGCCGAAAUCAUCUCUGGACCCACUGAAGAUUCUCUGCCGACAAGAUCAUCCUCGACAACGAGCAUGUCAGUUACAUCGGUCGGGUCAGCACGUGCGAGUAGUGGGCCUAUGCCUUCCCAAUUGCCUGAUCUGAGUUCCACAAAUCUGGCUAACUGCAACACCAAAGAGCGUCAUAGCCCUGGCUAAAAGAAUGUAGCUGGACUUCCCUGGCUCCUCUCUUAGAUCAACCUUCCACGAAGUGAGAACCGUCACAAUUUUCUUAUGAGCAAUUCAUCAGAUAGGUGACAUUAUUUCUUUGUAGCUCUUAGGUCAUCUCUCUGCUCUUUAAUUAUAGGGCCAUACCGUAGUCUAGGUUUUGAAUAAGACAUGGCCAAUCUUCAAAGAUAAAGCAAAACCCAUCUAGUCAUCCGCCUUCCCUCGCAAAUAACUGCAAAAAGUUUCUGCAGUCAAUAGAUACCUUCCAAGAUUCUACAUGAGCUUGUUAUUUAUAUCUGAUUCUUUCCCCGAAAUGGGAAAUUCCGGUCCUUAGGCAUUCAUCAUGGGAAUUGAGUGUUUGCCUAUGAGCCUUUCCACAAAGGCAACAAGCUUCAAAGCAAAACUUGAGAUACGUUUGAUCAUUCUGGUUUUCUCUGUUCAUCCCAGGUCCAUAUGUUGCUGCGAUGCAAAUUUCUGUAGAGAAGAUGUAUCUUUUUGGUUUUGUGCCGAUGAAGGAUAGACUUGAUCCUUUAUAUACUAUUUACGAUAUACCCAUACAAGGAAUACAAUCAAGCUUUGUGACGACUUUGCUUUGCGUA